UCGGAAGCAGCCAUACAACGUACAGUAUAUAAAGGGCACAGAACGGCCUUUGGCCACGAGUCUCCAGAUCGUCCUACAGACACUAUAAUCUGAACUUGAGUGGCUUCCUUCGUACUUCUCACUAUGAUCGCCUUGCGGAUGAUGAUUUUAGCGGUGGUCGGAGCGUUGUUGAUGACUCAGGCUCAUGCCCUCCGUAGGAGUUUUGUCCUCAAGCCUCUCUCCGAGAGGCAUGACAUCCUCGAUGAACGUGAUGUCUAUCCCGCGGAAUGCCAAGGUUCUUUCAGCGUGCCUGCCUUGCAAGCGGUGAAUGAUCUGUGUCUUCAAUGCGAAAACGUAACUCGGCAGCCCGACACUCUAGCCAAUUGCAAGGCAAACUGCUUCAGCAACUCUAUCUUCGUCGGUUGUCUCGAUGUGCUGGAACUGCCAGAAAGCGAAAAAGCUACGUACAGAGACCAUGUGCAGUUGCUGGGUAAGUAGUCCCACUCCGCCUGCAGUGACCAGACGCUGUUACAAGAUAUCGGAAGGCAGGGCGUGCAGGGACUAACUGUUUGUCAUGAACGAAGCAAUGAAUUGUGUUUUCUCUCGCCUAAAAUAAAUGUUUCCGUAACUUA